AUGGAGGCCUUGGCCAUGCCAACACAAGGUUGUCCGUUACGUAGAGAGGCAUUGUUAAGUGCUGCAUGCCUUCCUUUGCCCAUAUUUGGUGAUGACCACUCGGAGGUUUCUGUGCAUUAUUCCCCUUACCGGGUUAGACGACAGCUUGGGUUUGACCAAGGCGUGCCUUCCCGUCCCAACCAUGGAGAUUCCUUGACCUUGCACAGGGUUUUUUGGACUGGUGACAGUGUGCCGGGAGACGGCAGACCUCUUGCCCUUGCUCUGGCCACCGGCAGCGCGUUGAUUGAUUCCCACCAUCAUUCAUCAUGCCCGCUUAGUGUCGGAAGAGAAAGCCAUUUCCCUGAGCGAGAAGCGAAUCUGCCUUUUACUUCCAAAAGCGGAGAGAUCGUUGGUGAUUUUUCGAAGCUAAAGCGGAAAUUGGAGAAAUCGGGUUCUCACAGCACCGGGAAAAGUGCUGUACAUGGGAAACGGAAGCGAGAGGAAAGCUGCAGCGUUGAGAAAAGGCAAGCUGUAAAAGGGCCGAAAAAGUUCAUCCCCAAGGUAGCAGCAAGUGGUCCUCCUAGCUCAAGAAAAGUUGCCUUGCCAGAGCCUUUCCAGCAGCAGCCCUGUAGCCUUCCGGCAGCAGCGAGCGAACAGCACCAAGAGCUUCAUCUCCUCGCAGUAAGUACUUCCCAAAGUAAAGGCAAGGGUAAGGGGUUUCCCGUGAUCCCGAAGCGUCGAAGCAUGCGUAUUCUCGAAACACGGUUUGCCAAUACCCGCAAGAACAAAGGUGAAGACUCGGGACCCAAAGUAGUGGUAACGGUUGAUGAUAAUAGUGAUGAUGGUAGCGAUGACAGUGGUGCUGUGGGGACUGAGAUUAACAUCCACGAGCAAGAGAGCACUCACGAUACAAGUGGCAUGGAUGAGGACCUUGAUGAAGGCCAAUACUAUAGUCACGAUGAAGACACAUAUUCGGACUUCGGCACUAACUUGGAGGAGCUCGAUGCCUCAGAUACACCUCCUGCUUUGGCUAGCAAUCAUGGACAGCGUGUCGACAUUGAACUGGUCGUGCCCACCAUUGAGGACACGAUAGGUGCCUCAUCGGAGGCUGGUUUUGCCUUUCCCACUACUGUCGCUGAUGCUGUCCUGAGCCUUCCGGCAGUGCAACCUCCUCCUUCUCCUAACCUGUGCACUCCUGACAUGGCUGCUGACGCCUCUCCGCCACUUCUAGCAGUUCCUCCUCCUAUUUCUCCAAUCCCGAGCGCACCUGACAUAGCUUCCGGCACCGCUCCACUUCUUCCAGCAGUACAUUCCCCUUACUUCUUCCGAUCCUCCAUCCCGAGCACACCUGACAUAGCUUCCGGCACCGCUCCACUUCUUCCAGCAGUACAUCCCUUUGCUGAGAUUAUUGACAAUAGUCAUAAGAAUGGUGAUGCUUUUAUCGCAGGUUCCUCAAAAGGGCAUUCAUUCGAGAAAGGCAUGUCUUGGCAAGAUUGGGAAAAUUCCUACACGGCAUUCAAAGCCUUUUUUGAUGGUGGUGUCACCAUUCUUAGAUCCAUUGAUGAACUUCUUCCGCUUUGCCACAGAUUCGAUGGUUAUGUGACAUUCCAAGGUGCCCUCGUGUAUCCAGAGACGGUUGAAGCCUUGAAAAGGUUCAUGGACAAAUACGGAAGUUUGAUGGAAGCUACAGAUGUCACCUCCUCUUUCUCAAGGUGCACUGCCCUUCGAGCCCUUGGCUUAGUACUUCAUGGGAUGGACACCAUGCAACUCCUUGAUAUUACGGAUCACAAACUGCUCUGUUGGCGAGAUGCAAUAUGUGAGGCCAUGAUUCUGGGCUUUCGCGUGGAAUUUCUUCUCAAACUCGUGAAGAACUUAGCACGUGCCGUCUUUGGAGCACGGGCCAUUCGUAGUAUGCAAUUAUCGCAUGACUCUGAUGAAGUAAAAGCUGCUGCAGAUGCCUUGAAUAUUAAACAACAGGAGUUGGAGAACCAGCGCCGGGAGAUGCAUGCCCUCCUUCUUGCUAAGGGUAUUUCUGUUGACAGCGCUGAGUGCGUGACGGAGGCAGCGGCCAGAUUAUCUCCUGGGGCUUCCUUUGUUCUUUUCGGACAUUCCCCAUAG